AUUUUAUUGAAUUAAGUAGUGAAAUUUGACAUGUAUCAAACAUCACGAUAAGUUUUUCAAAUCUCGCUAGACGAUAUUUGCAUGGCACGUCCGUUCCGGACAAUCUCCUGACGGGAACCAUUCCGGGGACUUUUGGAGACCUCUCAAAGCUUCAACAUUAACCAGUUAUCUGGUACCAUACCUUCGGAAAUCUCGAAUUGCACAGCUAUCACGCAUCUGGAAGUCGACAACAACAAUAUCCCGGAAAAAUUCCCAAUCUUAUCGGCAAUUUAAUGAGCUUGGUUCUGUUCUUCGCGUGGAAGAAUAAGCUGACAAGAAACAUUCCGGCAAGUCUUUUCCAGUGCGUAUGUAAUUGAAAUCUUUUACAACUGAAAAUUUAUUAGGUGGUCCUCCAAAUCCCAUCCUCAGAUCCUGAAACAAAGUUUCUGUUUGGAGACUCAGAAAAGUAGGAAUUUUCUGAAAGAAAAUUAAACUCCUGAGUGGGUAAUUUACACAGCUUGGAGUCAUGGGAAAUUGCAUUGAGACGUAUUGGACAAGGAGGCGAGUGGAAGGAGAAACAGAGCCUCAGGAACAGAGCAAGCGAGAAAAUCAAGAAGAAAAUACAGGAAAAGGAAGUGGGAUUGUGAGGGAAAGUGGGCUUGUGAAGGAAAAUGGGUUUGGAAACGAAGGAAUGAGGGUGAAGGCGGUGCUGACGAAGCAAGAGCUGGAGUGGUUGAUGUUUCAGCUGAAGGGAAGGGGAGGAGAAGGGAAGAGAUUAGAAGAAGUUUUGGAGAAAAUUAAGAGAGGGAGAGCGGAGAACAGAGUCGGUGAAGCAUGGAAACCAUCGCUGGAGAGUAUCGUGGAGAUCCCUGAAGUGCCUGAUCACAUGGAUAGAUGAGUCCCCUGCUUUUCUUUUUCUUUUUUUUUUCCCCCUGCUUGCAUCUUCUUCUUCUUUUGAUGUUUUGGACAUCAAUUUUGAUGUGGGCGAUGAGCCAUGUUUGCAAUUAGCAAACAUCGGGAGCCAUGGGAGUUCUAAAGUCUUUUCAACAGAGAGCUUCUUCUUC